AUGUCGUCUCCUCAGUCUGGACAAGCCUUCAUGCGAAGCUACGAAGAAGCCGAUAUGUUGGAGAUCUUCAGCUAUGUCCUGGUCAAUCGCUACAGCGGUCGAAUGCGAAUCGAGGGUGGUGAGAGGGGUCCUCAUGCUCGCACAUUGGCUCAACGCGUUAGUCGACGAGUUGCACAGACUGGCACUGAUGGCGCGAGAGUCAUGGACAGCGUGGUCACUGUCAUAACUUCUAGACAAGCCAGACGCGUCGACAGUGAGACACGGGCGGGCAGGAAUCCGGAUCCAAUGCUACUGACGAAGGAGGAUCUACUGGGGGAGGAAGGGGCGACUGGCAGCAACGGAGCUAGACACUGA